AUGAUUUCCCACAGUAAACAUUCCAGCAGCUCCACGUUGGCGCGUAAAAAGCAGCUGGAAUGGGAAGCAGCUCGAGCUAAAGCUGAAAUUGAAAAGCAGCUCAUUGAAAAGAAACUGGCCGCUGACAUCGCCGCCCUGGAAGUAGAAAGUUUCAGAAGUACCAGAAGCCAACACUCGUUGGUGAACUCCAACACCAAGAUAGAACAAUGGUUAGAUCGCAGUAAUCUGGAUGCACCUGAGCGCCCGCACUGUGGUGGGUCGCUAACGGAGGCGCCGGCAGUGGCCGCGUCAACCGACAUCCAGCAGUUGACCUGCGCUCUCAGAGACGCUAUCACCACUGGAGUCCACACGAGUAACCGGCAACUUCUGUCCCGAUUGAGUACUUCAAAAGACUUACCUCAGUAUUACGGCGAUCCCUUGGAGUGGCUCCAGUUCCAUAAAUCGUACCAAGAAUCCACAGAGUUGUGUAACUACACUAACACGGAGAAUCUGUGGCGUUUGAGAAAGUGUCUUCGCGGAGAAGCGAAGGAUGCCGUGUCCUCUAUGCUCAUCGGCAACACCUCACCUGAUGUGAUCAUCGAGACCUUGGCACUUCAGUUUGGAAGACCAGAAGUAAUAAUAACAAAGAUAGUCAACCAAUUAAAAAAGAUAGCACCGCUACCACCUGCAUACCACAAUGAAAUAGUGACCUUCUCCACCAAAGUGAGAAACUAUGUAGCAGCAGUGCAGGCGAUACAGCAGUCCGAUUACCUACGGAGUCCGGAAUUAAUGACAACCGUGAUCUCUAAGUGUCCUAGUGUUCUUAUUACCAAGUGGGUCGAUUAUUCAUUUAGUCAUUCAUACGAAAAUAGAACCAAAUUGGAAUUAUUUGCCGAGUUUUUACACAUCGAGGCGACCAAAACGGCAACCGCCGGUGUGAGCAACAUAUAUAGUCAUUCUGAAAAUAAAAGAAGACACGAGACUGAAUAUAAAAAACCGAAUAAAUAUUACAAUGUGCAUACAACAGUCGAACAUGUGAUGAACACCUCGACACCAGUGAAUGUUUGUAAAUUCUGUAAUAAGAGUGAGCAUCGAUUAGACGAAUGUACUCGCUAUAAGCGAGCGAUGCGCCGCGACCGCUGGAAUUUCGUUAAGGUAAACAAACUUUGCUAUAAAUGCCUAGCGGCCGGCCACCACAGUGAAGCGUGUAGAGCGGACAACUGUGAUAUCGACGGGUGCCGGCAGUCGCACCAUAAAUUACUGCACUACGUGAAGUCGCCACCUGCAAAUGAGACAAAAGAGGAAGAUAAACCUGUGGAGACCGUCGCACAUACAUAUGCACUAUUAAAACCUAAAGUGCUACUGAAAGUGGUACCUAUAACCGUGCACGGCCCGAAACAGAGUGUACAGACGUACGCUCUACUCGAUGAUGCCGCGACCAUUUCACUGAUAGCGGCCGAUAUUGCAGACAGCGCCGGACUCCAGGGGCAGACUACAACUAUGCGCGUGGACAGCGCAUGGGAUGCUGGGCACCUUACGUGUUCAGUAGAGAAUGUGAAGUGUAGUGUAUCAAAUAGUGAUGGUGUUCGUUUCGAUUUAAAUGUUUGCAAAAUGCGAGAACUUAAUCUCCCAGUGUAUAGCGUGUCCGGUCUUAACGUACAAAAGUAUAAACAUGUGAGUGAAAAUAACUUUAUACCUAAGUACUCUAGUGAUGUUAAACCUAAGUUAUUAAUAGGUCAAGAUAAUUAUCAUUUAAUUGCACCGCUCGAAUGUUAUGGUAGUAAAAAUGAGCCUUAUGUAACAAAAACACAAUUAGGUUGGUGUGUACAUGGAUCUGUCUAUAGUAAAAAUGAUGUAAAUAAUUUCUCAGUUUGUUCAUUAUUGUAUAAUAAUAUAAAAUGUGAUCCGAGUAGUGUAAGUGGGUGCGAAGGUAUGUAUGAGGGUGCGUCGCCUAGUGUUGGUGUCCGUGACUCGUUAGCGCCCGAGUGCGGCCCUGUGCGCGCUUCGCUCAGCCCGUCCGUCGCCGCCAUCACCGCUCAGGGACAAAGAGAACGCGUAAACCAUUUGCUCGUAAACGAUUAUGCUCAAGAACUUGUACCCGGUAAUCAAAGUGCACAGCGAGUUUGGUACCUACCGCACUUUGGUGUAGACAAUCCUAACAAAAAUAAGUUGAGAUUAGUUUUUGACGCAGCGGCCACAUGCAAAGGUUAUUCAUUAAACGAUUAUUUAUUGCAAGGCCCAGAUUUGUUGCAAUCUUUAUUAGGUAUUAUGAUGCGAUUUCGUGAGAACCCAAUAGCGUAUAUAAAAAAUAAAAACGCUAUUAGAUUUGAAUCCACGAUGCCGGAAGCUGUAAAAACUAUUUUACAAAGUCACUAUAUGGAUGAUUGCAUUGAGAGUUUUGAAAAUAUCGCGAUUGCUAUAAAAGUAAUAAACGAAGUCAUAUAUAUACAUAAGAAUGGAGGUUUUCAUAUACAUAAUUGGAUAAGUAACUGCGAAGAGGUCAUGCAAAAUAUACCGGAAUAUGCCUUAGGUGAUAAAGCCGUAAGGUUCAAAAUUGAGAAUCAGCCGGAACGUACACUUGGAUUAAUGUGGCAUCCCUCUAGUGAUACGCUAGCGUUUGACGUAUCCUUGAAACGUAUCUCGGAGGAUAUUUUGAAUUUAGUGCGCAGGCCUACUAAACGAGAAGUACUUAGUAUAAUAAUGUCUAUAUUCGAUAUUCACGGUAUGCUCGCUCCAUUCACAAUUAAAGCAAAAAUAUUAAUGCAAUUAAUAUGGAAAUCCAAUAUUAAAUGGGAUGAAAACAUCACAGAUGAUUUAUACAAUUUAUUUUGCAAUUGGUUAACUCAGUUACAAACUAUUGAAAGCAUUCGUGUUCCGAGAUGGUACUUUCGUACGUCGACCGAUGGUUCAAAUUCCUGUGACAGCGGACGUAACUCUGCCACUUCAAGUCACGUGACCGCGGUCCCCGCUGAUCGCCUACCGACGCGCGCGCUAUGCGAAUCCAAUCCGUUCCAGCUUGAAUUGCACAUCUUCUGCGAUGCUUCGCCUGCUGCUUACGCAGCCGUGGCCUAUAUCAGGAGAGUAUCGCGCGACGGAAACAUAUUAAUAUCAUUCGUUGCAAGCAAAAGCCGUGUCGCACCUGUGAAACCAAUUUCUGUGCCAAGACUAGAGUUGCAAGCAGCACUUCUAGGAUGUCGUCUUGCUGAAACUAUACAGCGCGAGCAUAGAUUUAAAAUAGACAAGCGAUAUUUUUGGACCGAUGCGUCCACAGUGUUACAUUCGAUACGAAAUAACACACGAAAUUACAAAAUAUUUGUUGCGAAUCGCCUAGGUGAAAUUGAUUCACUGUCAAAGAUAAAUGAAUGGCAUUAUAUACCUACACAUUUGAAUAUCGCGGACGUAGCUACUAAACAGAAUAAUUAUGUAUUAAACAAUGAAUGUGAAUGGUUUAUUGGUCCUCGAUUUUUGUAUUCCACUCGCGAACAGUGGCCAUUGGAGCCUGAUAAUCUAAAUAAAAAUUGUAACAGUGAUGUAGAAAAUGUACAUGCUGUAUGUAAUAUAAACGAAAGAGUAGACUUACCUGUACCGGAUCCCAGUCGGUUCUCCAGAUGGUUGCGUUUGCUGCGUAGUACUGCGGCUGUACUAUUGUUUACUGAAAAAUGUAAGAAAAGUAUUAUAUAUACAAAAAUUGACCGUAGAUUACUGGACCGUGCCGAAGUGUUAUUAUUGAAGUAUUCGCAGGCUGAAUCCUUUCCCUGUGAAAUAGAAGAUAUUAAUCAGAACAAAGAAAUAAAUAAAAAUAGUAGAUUACGUACCUUAACUCCUUUUAUUGAUGAAGAAGGAUUGAUGCGCGUAGACGGCCGUAUAGGUGCUGCAAAAAAUAUAGAUAUACAAGUAAAAAAUCCUAUAAUUCUUGAUGGUCGAAAUCACGUUGCACGAUUGAUAGUGAAGCAUUACCAUGAACGUACUGCUCACUCCUGGAAUGAGAUGGUGGUGAAUGAAGUAAGACAAAAAUACUGGAUAAUUAAUUUGCGACCUACAGUCCGUACCGUUGCUUCCAGAUGCUUGUUAUGUCGAAUAAAAAAGGUUACUCCUAAACCAUCUAGAUUAGGUGACUUACCUGAAGCCAGAUUAGCCCAUUACUUAAGGCCCUUCACUCAUUGUGGCAUCGAUUUGUUCGGUCCUCUUGAAGUCACAGUAGGACGACAGAGACCUAAACGUUAUGGAGUAAUAUUCACCUGUCUGACAGUCCGUGCGAUACAUAUUGAAGUAGUGCCUUCGCUGACGACGGAUUCACUCAUCAUGGCUCUCAGAAGAGCAGCUGCACGACGAGGGUGGCCACAAUGCAUUUAUUCAGAUAACGGCACCAACAUGAGAGGGGCAGAUGCUGAAUUAAAGAAAGCCUGUGCUGAAAUUAUGAACAACGAUAUAGUCCAAUCAGAACUCGCACACAGAGGAGUAGACUGGCACUUCAUACCGCCGGCUAGUCCACAUAUGGGCGGAGCCUGGGAGCGCCUCAUUCGCAGCGUGAAGUCUACACUUCGCGUUGUGCUGAAAGAAAGAGCGCCGCGUGAGGAAGUUCUUGUUACUUUUCUCGCAGAAGUAGAGAGUAUGGUGAAUAGUAGACCACUGACUCACGUAUCGGUGGAUCCUAGGAGCCAGGAGACACUGACCCCUAACCACUUCUUGCUUGGUUCCUCGUCUAACUUACCUGUGCUCGGUGACUUCGACGACAGUGACCUUUACCUGCGCCGUCAAUGGAGAGUAGCUCAAAGGUUAUGUGAUAUGUUCUGGCAGCGAUGGCUGAAAGAAAUAUUACCUGUGCUGUUGCCGCGUCAAAAGUGGUACCACGAUGAAGAUUCAGUCCGUGUAGGAGACUUGGUUCUUGUAGUGGACCCGAACUUACCUAGAUACAGCUGGCCUGUAGGAAUUAUAGAAGCUGUAUAUCCUGGAAAAGACGGGAGAGUGAGGGUCGUGGACGUGAGAAGCAACCGGGGCGUGAUGAAGAGACCGGUGACACGAGUGGCACCGUUUCCGCGAGUUGAUGAGUGUCGCGACACCGACACUAUGGGGGAGGAUGUAAGCGAUGCACCUCGCACCUCGUAA